AUGGAGGGUUUUUCGCGGGACUUGCUGUGCGGGAUUGGGAAGGGAGACGAGCUGCCACCGGAGCAGAGGCCGGGGCAGCUGCGCGAGCAGAUGGAGGAGGUCGAACUCAGCCUCGGGCUGUCGCUCGGCGGCCGGUUUGGGCUAGACAGAAAGGGGGACAAGCUCCCCCGGUCGUCAUCCGUGGCGGCCAUGCUGACGCCGCCGGUGGAGGUGCCGGCGCCGCGCGCGCUCCCGCGGACGAGCUCGCUGCCGGUCCUGGCCGAGGCGUCGGAGGUUGGGAGGCAGCAGGGGCAGGCUGGAUGGGGUUCUUGCCUUGAUGGCGGGGGUCUCGGCGUGGAACACGCGGCGAGGCUGCCGGCGAGCGGGAGCCCUUCCUCUGCCUCUUCGGGAGGUGAUGGGCAGAGAUUGCAAGGCACACUCAUGAGGACUAGUUCACUCCCUGCUGUCAUUGAGGCUGCUGGCAAUGAUGAAUGGAAGAAACGUAAGGAAGCACAGAGUCUGAAGAGACUCGAGGUUAAGAAGAAAAGGAUUGUGAGGAGGAACUCUCUCACUUGCAACACUUCAAAAGAAGCGGCUGGGCAGAUUCCACAAGAGAUGAAUGCACACGCUGACAAAUUAGUAAGUUCUGAUGAAGCUGUUGUGAUGAAUAACGAAAAUCAUAGCAGUGGCAAGCAUCUGGUGAAGGGGCUUCCCCCAAAGUACCAGGCUACAAUUGCAUCGCAAGAUAGUUUGUCAGCAGUGGGAAAGAAGCCAAACUCAGCCUUCAAAGGAACAACCAUCACUAAGGAGCACAGCCCGUCAUCAUCCGUUCCUUCCUCUGAUGAAGCUAUAAGUAACGUGACGGCAGCAAGUCCACCGCCUUCGUCUUUGCCUCCCAGAACAGCAACCCUUGGUUCCAGGGGAGAUCAAAGCAUUUUAGGCAGGGCUGCUUCAAGAGCCAACAGCAUGGGGGACGUGGAAAGGAGGAUAAUGCAGGAGAUGCCGGGCGUGUUCACCAAGGGGCUGCCCAACGGCAACAGGGUUGAAGGCUUCCUAUAUAAAUACAAGAAAGGAGAAGAUGUGAGAAUCGUAUGCAUCUGCCAUGGAAGCUUCCUUACUCCUUCGGAGUUCGUGGAGCACGCCGGAGCCGGCAAGGUGGAUAACCCGCUGCGACACAUUGUCAUCAGCCCUACCCCGAACCUGUGA